AUGGCUUCCCACGACCAAGGCCUUGGAUCGGCCACCUCUCCGGGGCGCAGUGUUAGCCCGUCUGGCCAACCCCAAUAUCACGAUCCUUCAGGUGCGCUUGGGGUGGACCCCUCCAUGUCGACUUUCUCAGCGGCCCCCGCGUUCGAAAAUAGCAACCCUAAUGCGGGAGGUGACUCGUACAACUUCUCCGCGAACUACCUCACUGGAGCACCGCAGAACUUCCCUCCCUCUAUCAACACAAGCAACAUGCCCAUGUCCCAGUCGUUCGAGGCGAGCUUUGUCAAUCAGCUCGAGCAGUCUUCCGCUGGCCUACGCUCAAUGCAGCCCGACGAGAACUUCUCCAAUCUCCUCAAUACCAACCCCUCGGACUUCGAGUUCGGCUACCCCAAUCACAGUCCCAACAGCGUCAACGAUUCCGAAUAUGACUCGUCCUUGCUGCUGGAUCCUCAGAUGCAACAGCGCCAGCAGUCCAUGAACCAAGCGGUUAAUCCGGCCGACCUGGUCAGCCCGGUGUCCAAUGCCUCUGUUUCGUCCCAAACGUCACCACAGGACCAGCACCACUCGUCGCCUGGCGCAAUUUCGCCUCCUGGCUCCACGCCGGGCACCUUCUAUACCCCACAACAUUCGCGCAAUACUUCUUUAGACCCGUCGGCGGCAAACUAUUUGACCGCCCAGCCAAACCACGAUUGGCAGUCUGUCAUGAGCAACACUGCCUUUCAAGGUCACCGAAGAGCGCCUUCGGAGGUGUCCGAGGUGUCAUCAGCCACUCAUUCCCCAUACCUCUCUCAGCACGAUUUUGAUAGCCUUGAUAACAACACAUCUCCGUCGCUGGCACCACAGAAUGACCCGGCUCUCUAUGAUAAUGCAUUGGGUAUUGAGUCGUUCACACUUUCCGAACAGCAGCAGCAGCAGGGAUUCAGCCCGCUUCACAGCCCGUAUAUAUCGCCGCAAUUGAUGCCUCAACAGGGAGGAGAUGUGGUGCCGAAUGCGCCUUAUCUUCCGGGCAACAUGAAUCCCCAGGCCCCUUCGGCGGGGUCAGACAUGUAUGGUAUGCCCACCGAUAUGGUGGGCGACAUGGGGCAGGCAUCUCAGAUGGCACCCCCGUCGAUCAAUGUGGAGUUUGCUCCUCCUUCUCGAAUCCCGAGCUUUGGGCCGUCGAGGCCGCCGGGUGCAAGCCUGGACUCGCUAAGCCCACCAGCAAUGCGAUCCCGUAUGCGCAGUAAAUCCGACCCUUACACACACCCUGCCUCCCGUUCACGGUCACCCGCACGUUCGGCAUCCAGUCUCGAGCCUCAACCUUCCACCUCUCCACGAUCCCUCUCCCCUCUCGGUUCUACAGGUGGUCAAUCACGCAGUAGCCCCAGCUCACGCGAUACAUCACCAUCACGAGCCAAUCGACGUCUUUCGACAUCUUCGAUCGACAGCCGGAAUUAUAUCUUGGAUCUGGCCGAUCCGCAGCGCCCGGGCGCCGUGCCUGGCGACUCCAAGCGAGUUCAGAAGCACCCGGCUACAUUCCAGUGCACACUGUGUCCCAAGCGGUUUACCCGAGCAUACAACCUGCGGUCUCAUCUGCGCACUCACACAGACGAAAGGCCCUUCGUGUGUACUGUCUGUGGUAAGGCAUUUGCGCGGCAACACGACCGAAAGCGACACGAAGGUCUGCACUCGGGAGAAAAGAAGUUCGUCUGUCGGGGCGACCUGUCGAGAAGUGGACAGUGGGGGUGUGGUCGACGUUUCGCACGUGCAGAUGCUCUUGGCCGCCACUUCAGAUCUGAAGCCGGCCGCGUGUGUAUCAAGCCACUUCUGGACGAAGAAUCGCAAGAACGCGAGCGAGUCAUGAUCGAGCAGCAGCAGCAACAACAGCCUGCUGGUCACCUCCAGCCGGUCCCGCAGCCCCUCGUCAUGCCCGGCGUGCCUGGUAUGGAUGGCCAGUCUUCAGGCAACUUUGUUCUGCCUGCCGCGCUGCUUGCUCAGUACCCUGCACUUUCAACGCUGCAAUGGGAUCAGAUCUCCGCUGGAGCAGAUGAUCCCAGUGAUAUUGGCGGUCGAAGCAGCUUUGAAGCCAGUUCAGGUGGUGAAUUUGGCUUUGACGAAGACGAUCUCUCCAGCGCGUCUGGGAUGGGUGGCAGCUACGGCGGAAACCAGGGGAAUAUGUAUGCCGGUCAGGGAUGGACCGGAUGA